AUGGCUAUUCACACCGUUGAAGACGAGGAGGCAGCCGAUCCAGCUAGCGAAUUCAACAAUGCUCGAGGAGCUCGUGGAGGAGCCUUCCCCGACAUCGACGGCCGUGACAAGAGCGAAUAUCGCGGGCGAGGGACAGACGGCGUCGGGGUCGUGGUGGUCGAGGAAGAAGAACAGCGGCGCGGCCACGCUCAGUGUCCGAUUCACAUCCACCCGCCGUUUCUUCGUUCUAUCGACGACGACGAGACUCGAUGCGCAAUUGAACAAAUAAAUCUCUACAAGAAUCAAAGCUGA